CUCCCGCAAGUAACAAUUAAAUAGGACACCACCCUCCAAACCGCGUCCAACACCGAGCGGCACAAACCCAAUCGAACACCACCGCCACCACCGCACCUACACGACCUCGCGCGCGCGCGCGCACGGCCUCCGAGACAUGAACACCACGAAUGGGCAUGGGCUGAUGCACCACCACGUUCAGGCGUCCAUGCCUCCGGCGCAGCACCAGAGGCAGCGGGCGGGGCUGCCGCCGACCCCGCCCGCGCCCGCGGCGGCCGGCACCCACUCCCUGCACGCGGACGUGUGCAUGGACGACUCGGUAGCGGCUCGCGCGCAGGCGCAGGCGCAGGUUGGACUGCCGCCGCGCAAGGCGCACCGCCGGUCCCGCAGCGACGUCCCCUUCGGGUACUUCCAACCGCCGCCCCCACCGUCGCCAAAGAUGGAGGCCGGCGGCUGGGUCCUCCCCGGCUGUGCCGCCGCGGGCGACGACCUGUUCAAUGCGUACAUGAGCAUGGAGGGCAUGGACGGGCUGAACAACUCAGACGGGGACAGCCGCGGGAGCAGCGGCAUGCGGACCAACGGCGCCGACAGCAGCGAGAACGAGUCCGAGGACUACGGCGCCGGCGCCGGCGCCGACAGCCAGUUCUUUCUCCGGGGCGACGCUGGCAAGAAUAGUGUUAAGAGGAAUGCCGCCGGGGAACCCGCCGCGCCGGCGUCUCGGCACGCGAGGAGUACGUCGAUGGACAGCCUCAUGGGGAAGCUGACCUUCUCGGCCAAUGGGGAGCCCGGCAGGUUCAGCCUGAAGUUCGGCGGCGCCGAGUUCACCCCGGCCGAGAUGAAGCGGAUCAUGGCCGACGAGAAGCUCGCCGAGAUGGCCCUCGCCGACCCCAAGCGCGUAAAGAGGGUGCUCGCCAACAGGCAGUCGGCGGCGCGGUCCAAGGAGCGGCGGAUGCGUUACAUCGCGGAGCUGGAGCAGAAGGUGCAGAUCCUGCAGACGGAGGCCACGACUCUGUCCGCGCAGCUCACACUUCUACAGCGCGACUCGGCGGGGCUGGCGACGCAGAACAACGAGCUCAAGUUCCGGCUGCAGGCCAUGGAGCAGCAGGCGCAGCUGCGCGACGCACUCAACGAGGCGCUGACAACUGAAGUCCAGCGCCUGAAACUCGGCGACACAAGCUCGUCCUGCAAUCUAGCCCAACAAAUGCAGCUCCGUUGCCAGAACCAAAUGACCGAACUGCACAAGCAGCAGCAGCAGCAACAGCAGGGUGAGCAGACACCCUUCUAUCAGCUGGAGCAGCGCGAGCAGAAUGGUGCGCCAAGGAACCAUGAGCCGAAAUGAAUACGAUUCAGGAGAGCAUCCACGCGCACUCGGUCACACAGAAAAGUUUUAGUCCUUUAGAUGAUGUGAAAUUUAAGGUUCCUAACCCAUUUGUUUUUAAACUUUGAUCUCGUUUAUAGAUACUACUACUCUAUGUCUGUCGGGGGAAGGAUCCGCCCGUACAUUCCUUAAUGUUUUCCGUUCUUUCAGAAACAUGGUUGUUGGCUUGUCGCUGGAGUUGUCAUAGCUCGUGAAACUGUAAUGGAUUCAAAUUCUUUUGUAGUAGUACCAUUUACAAACUCAU